CCUCGGCACAUCCUGACAGUUGAGAUGGGAUAAAGAAGUGCCGGUGAUGUCUGGACUGUUAUACGGGAACAGAACAUUUGCUCGACUAAUGCCUGGAAAUUUAUCUGACCUCAGAAAUUGCAUUUAUACUUCGUAUUGUAUUUCAAAUCCGUGGACAAUCAGUGGAACAUUACACGAGAGCUAGUUUGCUAGCUAUAUCCCACAACAUUAGCUUUAAAUGCACGGCUAGGGCAGAGCAGCGGAGUCACACCCAGACAGUCAGGAUGCACCGCCGCUGAAAGAAAAGAACCUUCCACGGGAGCGAGCAUUUAUUCAGAAUAAAUCCUGACUACUCAGGAGAGACGUACGUUUAGUUUGCUAGGAGGGCAAAAAAAGUUUAUUGUUUUCCCAAAGAAGCCAUGAAACACCAGGGUCAAGAUACUUUGCGGCGAGACAGAUAACAUUAGCUGGUGUUUUAGCUAGCGCGCUAAGUGUCCGGUGUGUGUGCGCGCGUGUGUAAAGGCCGGACAGGACACCGUUACUCUGUCUGCUGUGUGUGUGUGUGUGUGUGUGUUAUAGCAGGCUGUUAUGAGCAACCCUACACUCAUGUACACGUUUGUUUUAAGAGAUGACAACAGCAGCGUGUAUGCUGAAGUCUCAAGAAUCCUCAUCUCUACUGGAAAAUGGAAACGACUGAAAAAGGACAAUCCGCGAUUUAACCUGAUGCUCGGAGAGCGGAACCGCCUUCCCUUUGGGCGCCUAGGCCAUGAACCAGGUCUGAUGCAGUUGGUCAACUAUUAUAGAGGAGCAGACAAGCUGUGUCGUAAAGCAUCUCUGGUCAAGUUAAUAAAGACUAGUCCAGAGCUGAAAGACUCUUGUAACUGGUUCCCUGAAUCAUACAUCAUUUAUCCAACCAAUCUCAACACUCCAGUGGCUCCUGCAACCAACGGCAUCAGCCAUCUGAAGAACAACCCAAAGACGGAUGAGCGUGAGGUCUUUCUUGUCUCAUAUAACACCAAAAAGGACAAUGGGGAGGGAACAGUCUGGAUUGCAAAAUCAUCAGCUGGAGCAAAAGGGGCUGGAAUCUUGAUAUCUCAGGAUGCAAACCAGUUGCUCGAGUUUAUUGAUAAUCAGGGACAAGUUCAUGUCAUUCAGAAGUAUCUGGAGCGACCACUGCUGUUGGAACCUGGUCAUCGCAAAUUUGAUAUAAGGAGCUGGGUGCUUGUAGACCAUCAGUACAACAUCUAUCUGUACCGUGAGGGAGUGCUGAGGACAUCCUCAGAGCCGUACAACAGCUCAGACCUGGAGGACAUGACCAGCCACCUGACCAAUCACUGCAUCCAGAAGGAGCACUCGCAGAACUACGGCCGUUAUGAGGAGGGCAAUGAGAUGUUUUUCGAAGAGUUCAGACACUACCUUCUGAACGAGCACAACAUUUCCAUGGAGACAUCCAUCUUACCUCAGAUCAAGCAGAUUAUAAGGAGCUGCCUCACGUGUAUUGAACCAGCGAUCAGCACUAAGCACCUGUCCUACCAGAGCUUCCAGCUUUUUGGUUUUGACUUCAUGCUGGAUGAGAACUUUAAAGUGUGGCUAAUUGAGAUCAAUGGAGCCCCUGCAUGCGCACAGAAGCUCUACCCGGAGCUGUGCCAAGGCAUUGUGGACGUAGCCAUUUCCACCGUCUUCUCACUAAAUGCAGACGCCCUGUCCGCCUCCCCACCAUUCUCCACUUCUCCUUCUCUCUCCUCCACCUCCUGCUCUUCACCCAAACUCAGAGCACCUCAACACUUUGGCCCAUUCAUCAAACUGUAAGCAUGAUACUGCAUUAAUGAGGAACCAUGUCCUCAUAAAAGACUUCAUGCAACUAUUUUUCUUGAAAAUAUCAACCUAUGCUAUUCUCUUUCUGUCUGUCGUCCUUAAUGUAAGAUGUAAACCAGGGAAGUUUAGGACUGGAGCAGUUCAUUACGCUUUCAGCCUCAAGAAGUCUGCGCUAUAGACACAUGUUCAGUAUGUGUUUCUCCUAUCAUUUCAGCUUCUUUUUUUGCACUAGAGGUGGGCUGUUUAGUCUGACUGGAUGCCUGAGUUUCAAUUCUUUACACAAGCUAAUUAAGUAUAUACUAGAUAACACACGGAAAGUUUCAGCAGUUUCAGUAAGAAUUCUCUGGGUACCUUGAUAUAAAGUAGGAUGUUUAUGGAAUUUAAUUCCAGUGACUUUAGUGCCUUACGUUUCCAUCAACGCAUUACCCAUAAAACUCCAUGAAACGCCAUGUUAUAUAUACUGAAAGUUCAGUCCUAAUUCAGUUGCAGAUUCUACUCUGUGCUUUUGUAAGAGCUUAAGUCACUGUUGUUCAGUAUUUUUAAGUGACUGUACUUCCCAUUAGACAUUAAAAAAAACUUCUUAUUGCUCCUAUAGUAUGUGCUAUAGGUUUUGGCACUGUACAUGAAGCAAGGCAUGUCAGCAAAGCGUUAAUGUUUUGUAAGUAUGGUCUCUAUAUUUCCGUGCGUGUGUGUGUUUACGUCUUUGAUAUACUUUGUUAUCUAUUUUCAAGCAUGAUCAGAAACCAUGUUAAUAACUACAAUACAACCAUCCACUGUACAUACAGUUAUCUGUUUCACCACCAAAUCUGAUUUUUUAGUACAAAAGACUUUGUAGUAUAAAGUCUAGCAAAGCAGGCGACUAAUUACCAUUGUUUUUGUGUUUCUCAAUCAAUUUGUUAUUUUGCCAUAGUAAUUAAAUUACACUAUAUUGCCAAAAGUUUUUUUUAAUGUACAGUUCCAUUCAUAUAGCCAAACGUUUUGGGACAUCUGCCUUUACAUGCACAUUAAUGUAAUAUGGAGUUGGCCCACCCUUUUCAGCUAUAACAGCUUCAGCUCUUCUGGGAAGGCUUUCCGCAAGGUUUAGGAGUGUGUUUAUGGGAAUUUUUGACCAUUCCUCUAGAAGCGCAUUUGUGAGGCCAGGAACUGAUGUUGGACGAGAAGGUCUGGCUCGCAGUCUGUGCUUUAAUGGACCCCAAAGGUGUUCUAUCAGGUUGAGGUCGGGACUCUGUGCAGACCAGUCAAUUUCCUCCACACCAAACUCGAUCAUCCAUGUCUUUAUGGACCUUGCUUUGUGUACUGGUGUGCAGUCAUGUUGGAACAGGAAGGGGUCAUCCCCAAACUGUUCCCACAAAGUUGGGAGCAUGAAAUUGUCCAAAAUGUCUUGGUAUGCUGAAGCAUUAAGAGUCCCUUUCACUGGAACUAAGUGGUCAAGCCCAACCCCUGAUAACCAACACCUGAAUUCAAUGACUUGGAGGGGUAUCCCAAAACUUUUGGCAAUAUAGUGUAUAUUCCACACAUUCAUAUCACUUUUUAGUUCACUAAAGCUAAAUUAAAUAUUUUAUUUGCAAAUAUGUUGCAUGAUCAAUUAAAUGCAUGCAAAAUGCUAUGUUUUAUAUACAUAUUAAAAUACAUAUCUAGGAACAUUUCCUUAGGCUCAGCAUUACAACACCUCUUCAGAAUUCAGUAUUAAUCUUUGGGUUUAAUGUUGUAUUAUAAACUCAACUGCAAUAUGUAAUCCUCUUCCCCUUGGGUUCAUUCAUGUUUAAUUUUUCCCCAGUCAGUUGUAUUGGCCCUCAUACUAGUGUUUUGCACUUUGACUGCCAUUAUGUGUGUAUGUUGGAUGCAUCUCCUGUCUUUGUUUGCAAUGAAUAGUUCCUGAUUCUGCUGUGUCCUUUAUAAAUGAUCAGACACACACAUCACUGAACCUUAAGACAUGGUUUAGAUGAAGCAGCAUGUCAAAUAAGAGUCUUUUUAUUUCCUGAGAUGCGCUUGAAGAAAUAUGUGUGACGUGACCCUGGGCAUGCUGCAGUAGGAAUGCUCAUGUAGUGGUAGAUCCUGAAAAGGUUUUAUGAAGGAGAAAGUGUGUGUGUGUAGAAUAUGUGUUAUAACCAUUUCAUGAAGAAAAGGAAGCUGCAUAUAGUGUCUAAAAUUUAGUUACUACAGUCAUCAUUUUAGUGAUGGAUCACUACAUAUUUGGGUGAAAAUGUGUAAAUACUGUAACAGUAUUAUUUUCAGUAAUUAGUUUUUUUAUUUGUAGUCCCGUUUUAGCUGAAAGAGAAAGGGUGCCUUAUUAAACGUAAUUUUGAAAUGUUCUGAAAAGACACACUGAGGUUGUUGAGGUUUUUUUUUUUUAUGGUCACUUUUCUGUCGUUAUUUAUUAUAAUGUACACUUUCUGGACUAGACACUUUGCAAUAGACUUGAUUAAUAGAAAUAUAAAUCUUAAAAUCAAUUUGCUGCCCACUUCAAGCUGAGCUAAAAUCUUUCAACAUUUCAUCAGUUCUAACCAAAGAGAAUUGAAAUGUUUUCUGUAAUUUAUUUUGAACAUUUUGAACUUUUUGUAAAGAUCUCUAGUAUUUGUGGAAUGUUCAGGGUUUUUUGUUUAACGCUGAAACGGGGAAACUUUAUCUAUUUACAUUACAUUACAUUAUUUUAUAAAUCAUUUAACCAUGGUCUUUUCUGUUUUCAUCCAUCUGCUUUGUAUCUUGUUCCCCUUAGUAAUUUAAAGGUCAUGUUCUGACCUCAUUUCUCUGAGAUCAACAUUAAAGCUGUAAACCCCAGAUUUGUGCUCAGCAUGUAAACCCACCUGUCACCAGAAAAGGUCAUCUGGUCUUCUCCUUUCACUCCUGAAUGUUUCCUACAGUUAGCAUUAAAGGAAAUCUAUUAUAUGUAUUUGAGUAUAUAACACCACCACACUGUCUUUAUGAUUUUUUUUUUGUGUCGGUUUUUCUAUUUUUAUAAUGUGCUGUGCAUGGUACGUGUGAUGUCUUUGUUGGUCAUGUCAAAUAAAACGAGUUGGAUUUUU